AUGACAGCCAACUGCCCUAACUGCUUGAAACAAUUUAAGAGUGCUCAGGCUGUUUCACAACACCUGAGCCAGCCCCUUACAUCCUGCCUACGAUGGAUUGAUCAACUUGAGAGCGCUGCACAAAUUUUGCAAGACUCACAGAAGUUGGCAGACCAGCAAGAAACUCUCAACCCAUCUGAGUCGUCAUCCGCUGGCUCUCUCCAUUCCAGAACACCAAGCCCUUUUCAAGAUUUCCAAAUGGACUCCGAGUCUCAAGUUCAAGUUGACAAUGGAGAAACAGCAGGCAUGAAUGACUCGGGCUGCGAUUUCUAUGGUGACGAGGGAGGCAGGGUAAGCUCGGAGAAUGACUUGCCACUGGCAGGGUCCCUUGAAGAGCCUUUAGGUAGUCAAGCUUUGGAGAAGCCUUACAUUGAGCGUUUCAGGAAUGCCGCGAAGGUAUAUAAGCACGGCCAAACCUUCCAAGAUAGGUUUGAUAUGGAUGCAUAUGCAGUACAACGUAAGGACAAUCUUUACUAUCCAUUCGCAUCCUGUCAGGACUGGGAGCUUGGCAGCUUUCUCCUGUGCUUGUCAUUAAGUAUGGCAGCCAUAGAUGAGUUCCUGGGGCUGGAACUAGUUAAAGUAUUACCUCUCUCCUUUCGUACAGCCAAGGAGUUAUGUGGUCGCGCUGAGCUGCUGCCUCCUGUUCCGAAGUGGCAGUACCGCAUUGUCUCAACAACUCACCCAACGAAGCAACCUCUACAUUUUGACUGGUGCGAUCCGUUGGAUUGCAUCAAAUCGCUUUUUAGCCACCCGCUCUUUGCCAAGGAAAUCAAUGUCACACCUCAACGGGACACAGCAUGGUCGAUGCAGUCACAACUUCCAGAUGGUGUGACAUUGUUAGGUAUUAUACUUUCAUCUGAUAAAACUAACAUCACCAACAUGACUGGUGGACAUAUCGCUCACCCGCUCCUGAUUAGCCUUGCCAACAUCAAAAUGGCGACUCGGAACAAGGCAUCCUCACAUGUGUUCCUCCUGACAGCGCUGCUUCCAAUUGCUGAAUUUCUGCAUCUGGUGAAGUGGAUGCAGAGUGUUCUUGAAGCCCGCUUGGUCCACCAAUGUCUAGAUAUUGUGCUAGAGCCGCUCAAGCAAGCUGCACGCAUCGGGAGGAUGAUGUCUGACCCAGUUGGGAACCUCAGAUAUUGUUUCACACCCUUAGCUUCAUACAUUGUUGAUACACCUGAGGCAUGCAUGCUUGCAUGUGUUCGAGGAAAGACCUUGCCUGUAACUAUGGCUAUGUAUGAACAUUUCGGAGACGCCUUUCAACACCCUCCUCGAACAGCCAAAACGACUCUCGAGCAGCUUUCGAGCAUUGAUUGCAAUCCCCUCGACAUCGAAGACUACUUUGAUGCAUGUGCUGCCUUCCGCCUGAGCAGUGUCGCCCAGCCAUUCUGGCAUGAUUGGUCACUCGCGGAUCCAUAUCUGUUUCUCACUCCCGAACCCCUGCAUCACUGGCACCGUCAGUUUUAUGACCACGAUGUUAAGUGGUGUCUCGCAGCUGUUGGCGAGCAGGAACUAGACUUUCACUUCUCUGUUUUACAACCACUCACGACGUUCCGACAAUUCAAAGAUGGUAUUUCAAAGCUUAAACAAGUCACUGGAAGAGCCCAGUGCGACAUGCAACACUAUAUUGUUGCUCUCAUUGCUGAUGCUGCGCCGCCUGGCGUUGUCAUAGCCAUUCGCGCUCUGAUGGACUUUCGCUAUCUAUCACAAGCGACUACGAUCAAUGAAGCACAUUGUCAAAAUAUUCUUGGUGCCCUCAGUGAAUUUCAUGAUCACAAGCAAGAUAUCAUUGCUUGCAGCACGCAUCGAGGUGCCCAGAGCAAACAGGUCCUCAACAACUGGCAUAUACCCAAACUGGAGUUGAUGCAGAGUGUCGUGCCUAGUAUACGUCAUGUCAGCUCUCUCUUGCAGUGGUCUGCUGACACCACAGAGCAUGCUCACAUCACUCUAAUCAAGGAUCCUGCAGAUUCCUCUAACAACAUCAAUUAUGAUGCUUAA